AACCCACUGCACAUGUGGUCCUCCAUUCCUCUGGGAGAAGGAGAUUGCUUUCCCGAGUGAUCAAGCUACAUCACCUGAUAUUGAGGCAUUUCUUCAAACAGAAAUGAAAAAGGCAAAUGCAUAUACAAGACGGUCAUUAAAUAAGAUUUUAUUUUAGAUGUAUUAGACAUCACACGGCUAGAUUACUUUUCUGACUGGUUUCGCGCGAAGCGAGCAGUAGCGAAUUGUUUGCGACUACGAGAAAAAUAUGUGAUGAAAACUCUUCCUGACCACGUACAAGAUCGGCAUAUGAAAAGAGCCGAAAUUCUAAUAUUAAAAAACUAUCAAAUGAAACAUUUUGCGGCCGAAAUGACAACAUUAUUGUCCCCGGUUUUUCGAUCGGAACAUAGUCCAAGUAUUCACAAACGAGUUGGUGUUACAUUAACCAGUUCUUUGUAUCGAAUAUAUCCAUUUGUAGAUAACGACGGAGUUCUUCGUGUUGGAGGAAGAUUACGACUGUCUAAUCUUAAAGAUGUGGAGAAUCACCCAAUUUUGCCGAGAAAGGGUCACAUAGCGGAGCUGAUUAUCAGGACUCACCACAAAGACGUAAAUCACAUGGGCCGAGGAAUAACGCACAAUCAUAUACGACAGAAUGGUUAUUGGUGGAUCCUCUGCUCUUGCUUAUUAUUAUAUCUCAAUGUAUUACUUGCAGACGAACACGCAGGCCACCAGAGACGCGCAGAGGAUGGCGGAUUUGCCAGUAGAUCGUACAGAACAAAGUCCCCCUUUACGUACUCGGCAGUAGACUUCUUUGGGCCGUUUUAUAUCAAAGAGCGACGUUCCAUAUUGAAACGCUACGGGGUCGUGUUUACAUGCAUGGCGUCGAGAGCGGUUCAUCUAGAGAGCGCAAACUCAUUAGAUACCAUCUCCUUCAUUAAUUCUCUACGCAGGUUUCUAUGUCGCAGAGGAGCAAUCAAACAACUAAGAUCCGACCAAGGUACAAAUUUCGUGGGAGCGAGAAAUGAACUUCACAAAUGCCUCAGUUAGCCCGUUCACAUGGCCAAACGAAAAAGAGUCUUUUCCAAAAUUGGCCAGGCCAAAAAAAGAGGCAAUUUUUGGUCAGAAUUGACGUUCGUUCACAUGGCCAUUUCGCCUUGUUUUCUUAAACGUCGAAAUUUAAUAUUUUAAUUCUCCCCAUAUGUACGCAAUACAUUUAAUCAAUAUUUUCACAUAAUUAAGAGUGAUUUUGAAUU